CACCGUUGCACAACCAGUCCCACUGUUCCAUCAUUCAGAGGUUAUGGAUCAACCACAAGAGAAACGUCAACGUGUGCAUAUUGCAACAAUGGAGCAUUGUCAAUAUUUCGUGAAAAGAAAAAAAAGAUACUGCAGGAUGACUGUGAAGAAAGGAAAUAAAUUCUGUGGUGAGCACAUGGAGGUUUCUGGGGAAAUCACUGUGCAUGAAGAUAAAAAACGGGUCUUCUGUCCCAUUGAUAAUUCUCAUACCUGUUAUGAAUCGAGACUCGAGAAACAUUUGAAGGUUUGCAAUGCCAAGAAGAUGAUUGACGCCAAACCGGUGUAUAUUGUUGAUGGAAUUAACAGGGGAGAUGUUCUGGAGAAUCCCGAGCAUGUUUCUUUGAGUUUACUUGAAGAAAGCGUUGUUGAGUCGGUUAUCAGGAGGGUGGAAGCUGCGCAUGUUGAUUUACCCGAAAUUGAAGAGCUGAUCCUUCAACAUGAAGUCCUUGACUCCGAAGUCAAUAAUCCAAUUUAUGGGAGCAAUACUAGAAAGCAUUUGAUACAGAAUUCCUCGCUUUUGGGGCAUAUUAAUCGAGCGGGACUGGCUCGAGAAGACACUUGCUUCAUUGAAUUUGGGGCUGGCAAAGGAAAAUUAACGUAUUGGUUGGCUCAAAUGCUCAAAACCACAAAAAACAGCACAAUUGUCCUAGUAGAUCGUUCCAGUCACCGAAACAAAAAAGACAAUAAACUGAAGAAUGAAGAGACAAGCAUGAAUACAAUUCGUAUCCGUGCAGACAUUGCCGAUCUUGCAUUGAGUAAAAUUGAAGAAAUCAAGGGAAUCAAACACAAAGUCGCAAUUGCCAAGCAUUUAUGUGGAGCUGCGACUGACUUGACCAUACGCUGUUUAUCACGCCUUAUAGCAGAAGAUAUAAAUACCGAAGUAUCCGGUCUGGUAAUAGCCUUCUGCUGCCAUCACAGAUGCGAUUAUGCCUCAUACGUAGGAAAAAAUUAUCUCAAAAUGUAUGGUUUCACUGCUGACGAAUUUCCGAUUUUAUGCAGCAUCGCAAGUUGGGCCACUUGUGGCACUGGGAAGAACAGAGAUGCAUUGAAUGACCCCACUCAGGAGGUAAAAUUAGCGAAGAGAGAGUCGACAGGAAGAAAAGUCAAGGCGAUAUUGAAUUGGGGUAGGAUACAGCACCUGAAGAGCCUUGGAUUUGACAGUCGUCUGUACUAUUAUACCACCCCGGAAGUUUCCUUGGAGAACGCGUGUGUUAUAGCAACCCGAAAACCAGCAGAAGCUCAAUAGAAAGAGAUUGCAUGAGAUACUCGAUAAAAUAAAUCAAAAUUAUCAUUUUCA